UUCUAUGACAAUCUUGACAAUCAAGGCUAUCCUCCGUUCUUACGUCGCUUCACAUCCGCAAGACCCAUGGAUACUGCCGGACACUGCCUCGCAAGACAACAAAGAACCUUAUGGAAUGAACAUCAUGGAAUCUAAAGAUGUUUUUGGUGAAGGUGAAUUUCCAGAUGCCCAGUCAAGAAUCAAAGGUUUCAAUCGACACCGGCCGUUAUUAUUCCCAGCCAAGUCGCCGAAAGACCCUCGAGUCGUCAUCAAUUUGGCCAGUCAAUCCAAUUUCUUCAUCAGAGAAAUGAAAAUGAUCACCUUCACUAUGACGUCGUGUGUGACCAUUAUUACUAGCGUCCAAUCGUGCAUUCCCAGUGCGGAUUUUUCACCGGUGCGGCUGACAGGACUUGUCGCCGGAAGAGACGCGAAAUCGUCGAAGUUCGCGGCUUCCGGUCGGAGGAAUCUCAAUUUGCCAUCGCUCCAUCUGAUGUACAACCUCUACGGUUCUUUCGUCACGGGUGGAUCCGAUAACGACCGGAAAGAAUUCCGGCCACUUGAUAAACGAUCAGAUGAUCAACCCUGAGAUUGUUUCUUCUAACAACGAAGAGACUCUGACUGAUAAGGCCGGAGUACACAACACCAGCAGUGGACGGAAGUUCACGAGGAAAGCGAUUGUUUUUCCACUUGUUGACAACUUCGACCCUCAUCAGUUACACGUUCAUUCCGACAACCAUCACCAAGACUGUUAAUCUUUCAAAUACGUUCUACUAUUUUUAUGGCGGAGGUCAGCUGAUUUGCCGUCCGGAAGGCUACGCUGUUUGCCCUCACACAUCACAAUUUUUUGGAUAAUAAGCUCCCAGAGAUGUAUCUUUAAAAUCAUUUCAUUUUCAAUAUCAGGAAUAAUCAUGCUUUGUAUUUAUUCGGCCUGACUUUUAUAGUUAGACAUUUGAAACUUUUUCUAGGUUUUUAAAUUUUGAAUUUUAAA